GUUUUCAGCUUUUCGAGAGAACAAAGCUAACUCGCAACGAGAGUUCUUCAUCUGCACGCGCCACAAAAAAUAUCAGCAGCUCUUUGGCUCUUUUUUUCCUAUUAGCCAGAUUUGAUUCGAUUUUCGGUGGUUUUUUUGCGCCAUAUGCUAUAUAUACAAUAUAGGCUAUACACUUUUUUUGUCGAUUUGUCGCCAAACUGGUGCGUGGCGGCUGCUGCGCAUGCGUGCAAGCUUUUCGCGUUUCGUUUUUCGCGACUCUUGUUGGCCUGGCCAACUGACCGAACGUAUAUAAGCGAUUAUAGGGCCGGGCUGGCCAACAGUCCAGUCCAGUCUGCUCUACAUCUCCCAUCGAUCCGAUCCGUUUCGAUCCGUGGCGUUGCGUUGUAGAAUUAUAUCCGAUCCGGAGUCGCGGUCGAUCUAUAAUCGGUUUGUGCAAAAGAAUACACCAUCAGCCAAAAGGAUAUAUAAUUCUUAUUAUACUUCCCGCCAACCAGAAGGAUUGCAAUCUUGUGAAUUCUUUUUUGAAUAGUGCAAAUGUGUUGUUAGUGAGCAAAAAGGAUACAUUAAGCUUCAAGGCGAAUCCUCAGCCAACGAAUUUCAAUCGACUUUGGUGGUUUCAUUUUGUGGAAAUAUGAAGUUCCAUUUAAUAGCCCUUUUGGGCUGGCUGGGUGCAGUCCUAGCAGAUCCUUCACCGACCCUGGCCCCUCCGAUUCUCCCAUGCGUCCACGCGGCCACCGCUGGCUACUCGUACCCUCCACCGGCGGAGGUGAAGUUCUCCAUCACGCCCGGAGUAACCAAGUACAGCCAGACUCCGGCGAUCUCCACGUACUCGGAGAACGGCAACCUGUUGCACACAUCGGUGGGCACUGGUGGAGCAUCCUACGAAUCCACCGCCGGAAUCGAGGGUCUGUCCCACGGCGGCAUCACCCAGAUCAACAAGUACAUAGCUCCGGUGCAGAAAUCGCUAUUAACGCCAUCGGCAGAGUACGGAUCGGGCAUAACCUAUGCGGAAAAAUCUCCAGCAGCCAAGUACGCGACGGUGGUGCCAUCCGGAAUCGAGAUCAAGAACCUGGUCUCCCCGGCCCUGACCAAGACUGUACUGACGGCUCCAAAGCUGGAUAACGCCUAUUUGCCGCCGGCUCCGGGUCUCACGAAAGUGGCCACAUAUACCUCUCCCGGAUACAGCUACAGCUCCGCCACUCCGGGCAUUUCCAAGGUGGCCACCUACACAUCGCCGGCUUCUUCGAGCAUUCCCUACUAUGCUCCACCAGUGACCACAAAGGUGGAGACGUACAGCUCACCCGGAUACACAUACUCCAAGGCCACGCCAGGCUACUCCAAGGUGGAGACUUACUCCUCUCCGGGCUACAGCUAUGGUCAGAUCUCGCCCGGAAUCUCCAAGAUAGCCACGUACUCGCCAUCGGUCUCCUACUCUGCACCAGCCAUUGCCAAGGUCUCCACCUACUCGGCUCCGGCCGUUAAGUUGGCCACCACAUCCUCCCUGCUUGCCACCCAUGGAACAGGCUACUCCGCCAGCUACGCUCCCUCGAUCACCAAGUACAGCCAGGCAGCGGACGUGUCCCACCAGUACUUCUCCAAGCCCAUAGUGGCCGCCUAUCCGGCAGUGGCUCCAGCUUUGGUGGCCCCAGCAGUCACCAAAAUCGCCGCCGGCUAUGGAGGCACUGCCUCUGGUGCCGUUUCUCAUCAGUAUGUGUCCAAACCUGCAGUGGCAAUUGCUGCUCCUGCUAUUGCCAAGGUGGCUACCUAUGCUGCUCCAGCCGUGUCCACUUACGCCACUGCUCCUGCCAUUUCCAAGGUGGCCACCUACGCUGCUCCUUCCAUUUCCACCUAUUCCUCCGCUCCUGCGGUGACUAAAGUGGCCACUUCCUAUGGAGGCAGUGGAUUGGGCUACAGUUCCGGAGCUGUUUCCCAUCAAUAUGUUUCCAAGCCGGCUGUGGCCAUUGCCGCUGCUCCUGCUAUCGCUAAGGUGGCCACCUACGCGGCUCCUGCUAUUUCCACCUACUCCAGUGCUCCGGCCAUCUCAAAAAUAGCCACCAUUGCAGCCCCCACUGUGUCCACAUACUCGUCCGGACCACUGAUCUCUAAAGUAGCCACUGGCUAUGGUAUCAGUGGAUCUGGAGCGGUGUCGCACCAGUAUGUGUCCAAGCCCGCUGUAGCCACCAUUUCUGCUGCUCCAGCCAUAACCAAGGUGGCGACCUAUGCUGCUCCAGCAGUGUCCACUUACGCUACUGCUCCGGCCAUUUCCAAAGUGGCGUCAUAUGCUGCUCCGGCAAUUUCCACAUACUCCGCAGCUCCAGUCGUGACGAAGGUGGCCACAUCCUAUGGUGGAAGUGGGGCGGGAUACAGUUCCGGAGCAGUUUCCCACCAAUAUGUAUCCAAGCCGGCAGUGGCUACCAUCUCGGCAGCACCUGCCAUCGCCAAAGUGGCCACCUAUGCUGCUCCGGCCAUUUCCACUUACUCCUCAGCUCCCGUGGUGACCAAACUGGCCACCGGCUAUGGAGCAUCUGGCCAUGGAGCUGUGUCCCAUCAGUACGUGUCCAAGCCAGCUGUAGCCACCAUCUCUGCGGCUCCCGCCAUUGCCAAGGUGGCCACCUAUGCUGCUCCGGCCAUUUCCACUUACUCCUCAGCUCCUGUGGUGACCAAACUGGCCACCGGCUAUGGAGCAUCUGGCCAUGGAGCUGUGUCCCAUCAGUAUGUGUCCAAGCCAGCUGUAGCUACCAUCUCUGCGGCUCCCGCCAUUGCCAAGGUGGCCACCUAUUCUGCUCCUGCAGUAUCCACCUACGCCACUGCUCCUGCCGUCUCCAAAAUAGCCACCUAUGCCGCUCCAGCCGUGGCCACCAAGAUCGCCUACAGUCAGGCGGCGGAUGUGUCCCACCAGUACAUCUCCAAGCCGAUUGUGGCUGCCUAUCCUGCCGUGGCUCCUGCUCUGGUGGCUCCAGCAGUGACCAAGGUUGCCGCCAGCUAUGAAGGAUCCGGCCAUGGUGCCAUUUCCCAUCAGUAUGUGUCCAAGCCGGCAGUGGCCACAAUUGCCACAGCUCCUGCUAUUGCUAAGGUAGCCACCUAUGCUGCCCCUGCCAUUUCCACCUACUCCUCUGCCCCAGCAGUAACCAAAGUGGCCACUUCGUAUGGAGGAAGUGGUUUGGGUUACAGCUCGGGAGCAGUUUCCCAUCAGUAUGUAUCCAAGCCUGCAGUGGCUAUCUCGGCUGCUCCUGCCAUUCCCAAGGUGGCGACGUACGCUGCUCCGGCCAUCUCUACAUACUCCGCUGCCCCAGCUCUUACCAAGAUCGCCACCAGCUAUGGAGGAUCGGGCCAUGGCGCUGUCUCCCAUCAGUAUGUUUCCAAGCCGGCCAUUGCUGUUGCCCCAGUGGCUUCUGUGGCGCCUGUAAUCUCCAAGACCUACCUACCAGCUGCUCCUGCUUUGACUCUGCAGCCCGCGAAGUUGGCCACAGGAUACGGAGUAAGUGGCUCCGGAGCUGUGUCUCAUCAGUAUGUGUCCAAGCCAGCAGUAACCACCAUCUCUGCUGCUCCUGCCAUCGCCAAGGUUGCUAGCUAUGCUGCUCCUGCCAUCUCCACCUACUCCACGGCUCCUGCCAUUUCGAAAAUAGCCACUUAUGGUGCUCCGGCAGUUUCCACCAUCUCGGCUGGUCCCGGCUAUGGAAUCAGUGGCUCUGGAGCUGUAUCCCAUCAGUAUGUUUCCAAGCCAGCAGUUGCCACCAUUGCAGCUGCUCCUGCCAUAGCCAAAGUGGCCACCUAUGCAGCUCCUGCUGUGAGUCACAUAUCAACAGGUCAUGCCAUCUCCUCAGGACCCCUUUUGUCCACAUACUCUGCUGCUCCGGCCAUUGCUAAAGUGGCCACUGGCUAUGGAGUUAGUGGCUCCGGAGCUGUCUCCCAUCAGUAUGUGUCCAAGCCGGCUCCUGCCAUCGCCAAGGUGGCUACCACCUACUCUGCUCCAGCCGUGAGCCACAUUACCACAGGACCUGCCAUCGCAAAGGUAGCCUCCCCCAUUGGCUUAGACUUGGGAGUCGGCUAUGGCGUUAGUGGCCAUGGACACGGAGCUGCCUUGUUGGGAGCUCCUCUGACCAAGUUGACCUCUGCUCCUGCCUAUUCCCUGGGAGGAAAGUUGACGAGCAGCACAGCCUAUGGAAUUCAUGCAGGUAAACUGGGACUUGGUGGAGGUCACGAUGGUGGCUACUAUGGUGCCAUUUCCCUGGGACAUGCUGCUGUUUCUCCAGCCCUCAAUUAUCAGGGUCUGCUCACCCACGGAUCUGGCUUGGCUCCAGCCACCGCCUCUCUGGGACAUCUGGACUCCUCCCUGAGCGGCUAUUCACAUGGAGUGGGUGGCAUUGGACCUCUGGGUGCGGGCUUCUAUCGCUAUGCUCCCAGUGUAUCGGCUCUGAGCAGUCACGCCCCCCUGCCGGCCACCGCCUACCUUAAAUCAGCUCCAGUGGCCCAACCAGCUCUUUUGAAGGUGGUUCCAGAGAAGCAUCUGGAGCACUUUGAUGCUCAUCCGCGCUAUGCCUUCGAGUAUGCCGUAAACGAUCCACACACCGGGGACAACAAGCACCAGAAGGAGGAGCGAGAUGGGGACGUGGUCAAGGGAGAGUACUCCCUGGUGGAGCCCGACGGAAAUGUGCGCACCGUGAAGUACUACGCCGACUGGGAGACGGGCUUCCAUGCCGAGGUCAUCAACAGUCGCGAUCAGGGCAAGAUUGUGGCCAAGCGUGAAACGGAAGCCAAGUCGUGAGCUUUUCAGGGGUCGCUAAUUGUUUGGUUCGUUCAGCAACUGUAAAUAGCCUCAAAUCCAAUCUUAUUCUCAUUAAACAUUAAACGUAUUUAUGUAAAUCCCACAACAACAACGACGUCACUCGGCCGCCAUCUUGCCAUGAUCUGUAUAUCCUCAUAUGGUAUAUCCCUGUUCCCUCUUGAAUCCUGGAUUACCCCGAUUUUGUGCUCAUGUGAUAAGUGUUUCGUUUUUAAUUGGACUGCUUGCGCUGCUCUUCCUCUCAUCUCGAAACUGCGCGUCUCUCUAUUCCCCAAUAAAUAAAAACUAUAUACAUACUGUACAUAACGACAUUGCGAAUUGUAUAUGAUAUUUUGUAAAGAGUUAAUUUCAAAAUAAACGACAUUUAGGAUCCGUCGAUACCGUCGAUAGUGAUCGACAAUGAGAUUAAUUUCAUUUGA